AUGAUUCCUGCAAACAUAGAUGACGUGGAACUUAAUCAACAAAAUAUUUAAACUAAAAUUCCAGAAUAGUUAAAUCCUAGCUUUGAAGUGGAUUAGUCUCAAAAGUAAUAAUUGGAGAUCUAAAAUUUGGAGAAUGUUGAAAUGAUGUACUAAAAAGGUUAACUAUUCUUAUCAUUUUUAGCAAAUACUUUAACUUAAUUGAAUGAUAUUGAAAAUGCUAAAUAAAUAUACAAAGAUAUAAUUAAAAUAAAUCCAACACAUGAACUAUCAAAUCAAAAAAUAGGUAUUUAUUUUUGUAAUAAUUUAGGUGAUAUCUUAAGAAAUUUAAAACUCUAUCAAGAAGCAAAGGAAUAUUAUCUUUAGUGCAUCUCAAUAAACUAAAAUAAUUCAGACGCUUAAUUUGGAAUAGGUAUCAUUUUAGUAUAUUUUAAGGUGAAUGCUUAAAGGAGACGUACAAAUAUAAUGAAGCUUUAUAAUAUUAUAUCAAAGCUGUUGAAAUAGACUAAUCUAAUUUAGAAUAUUAAUUUUCCUAUGGUAAAUAUUAUUGUUUAAAUUAAUUAGGGGAUUGCCUAAGAUAUUUACAAAGAUAUCAUGAAGCAAUAAUUGCUUAUGAUAAAUGUGUAAUGUUGGACUCUAAUCAUGCUGACGCUUAUGCAGGAAAAGGUUUGAAAAAUAAAAUAAUUAUAUAAGGAAUAUGUCUAUAACAUAUAGAAAGUUAUGAGGAGGCGCUAAAUAACAUUAACUAAUCAUUAGCAUUAAAAAAUAAUUCUUAUUUAGGACUAUAUGGGCUUGGUAACCAUUUAAUUUAAUUGUUAGGGUUUCAUUUACGUGGAAAGGGGGAUACUCAACAGGCAUUAAAGCAUUUAAAUGAAGCGUUGGCUAUAAAUCCUUAACAUUUGUAAACAUUACAUUGCAUAGGUAUAUUGAGAUCAAUUUUUUAAAGGUCAUUGCCUACUCAAUAUGGAUUAAUAUGAAUAGGCGAUUGAAUAUUUUGACAAAGUUCUAGCCAUUAAUCCUGAAUGUCAAAAUUCUAUAUAUAAUAAAGGUAUUUAAAUAAAUAUUUCAAAGGUCUUUGCCUAUAAUAGAUGAAGCACUAUGAAUAGGCAAUAGAAUGCUUUGAAAAAUAUUUGGCCUUUAACCCUUAAGAUGAUUAUUCCUUAGAUCACAUAGGUAUAUCCAAUAUAAUUUAUUUAAAGGGUGGUGCCUAGUCGAUAUGAAUCAAUAUAAAUAGGCGAUUGAAUAAUUUGACAAAGUUUUGGCGAUUAAUCCUGAAUUUCAAAAAUCUAUAUUGGGCAAAGGUAUAUUAAAAUCAAUUUUUAAAGGUGCAUGCCUAUUUACUAUUGGUCAAAAUGAAUAGGCGAUUUAAUGCUAUGAUAAUGCUUUGGCCAAAAAUCCCUAAGAUGUCAAUAUCUUAAAAAUCAAAGGUAUGUUUAAUUUAAUUAUUAUUAGGUCAAAGCCUAGUGAAAAUUGGUCAAUAUGAAAAGGCGAUUGAAAGUUUUGACAAAUUGUUGGCCAUCACACCUGAAAAUGUUGGUAUCUUAAUUUAAAAAGGUAUAUUUUAUUUAAUUUAAAUAUUUUAAGGUCAAUGCCUAACUGAUUUGAAUCAACAUGAAUAGGCACUUGAAUGCUAUGAAAAAGCCUUGACCAUAAAUCCGAAAAAUACACAAGCUUUAGGUUGCAAAGGUAAACUCAAAUCAAUUGUUUAAGGUGGAUGCCUAUUUUUAUUGGAUGAAUAUGAAGAGGCAAUCGACCACUAUGAAUAAGCUUUGGCCAUUUAACCUGAAACGAUAAACUUUUUAAAAGUCAAAGGUAAAUUCAAAUCAAACAUAUAAAGGGCUUUGUCUAGAGAGAUUGGGUCUUUAUAAAGAGGCGAUUAAAUGCUAUGAAAAUUCUUUAACUUUAGACCCUGUUAAUUUUGAAAUCUUGAUACUGAAAGGUAUACUGAAAUUAUAUUUAAGGCAUCUGCCUAAUAAAGAUGCAAAAAUAUAAAAAAGCACUUGAAUGCUUUGACAUAGUAUUGGCUAUCGAUCCUGAUUUUGAAAAAUCUUUGAUUAGCAAAGGUAUAUCUAAUACAAUUAUUUCAAGGUGGUUGCCUAGCUUUGAUGGGUCGUUUUGAAGAGGCAAUUGAAUGCUAUGACAAAGCAAUUGCUAUUGAUCCUUCAAAUUUAAGUUCUUUAAAUUGCAAAGGUUUAAUUAAAUCAUUGAUAUAAAGGUGAUUGCCUAUUUGGAAUGGGUAAAUUUGAAGAGGUGAUUGAAUGUAUGGACAAAGUUUUGGCCAUCGAUCCUAACAAUAUUAGUUCCCUAACUAAAAAAGGUUUGUUUAAUUCAAUUAUCUAAAGCCAAAUGCCUAGUUCAAAAUCAUCAAUUUUAAGAGGCAAUUGAAUACUUUGAGAAAAUCUUGACCAUCAAUCCACUAAAUUAUGAUGCUUUAAUUGCCAAAUAGAUGCUAAGUCUAUUUAAUUGAGAUUUAUGUAUUGAAAAUAUUUUUUUCAUAAUCAUCA